UGCCAGCACUCAGCAAUUACAUUUUGGAAGGCAGAACAGCAGUACAACAGAGACUACAAAAUGUGCUUUGGCAAAUGUGCAAAAUGCAUCGGCUACCAGCUGCUCAUUUUGGCAAUUCUUUGCAUUGUGGCAAAUAUCCUGCUUUAUUUCCCGAAUGGAGAAACAAAGUAUGCUGAAAACAAUCAGCUGGGCAGAUUUGUCUGGCUUUUCCAAGGGAUUAUAGGAGCUGGCGUGUUGAUGUUUUUUCCAGCAGCUGUUUUUAUUGGGCUAGAAAGUAAUAAUUGCUUUGGAUAUGGUCACAAAAGAUGUGGAAAAAGCACCGCAGUGCUGUCAUCUAUCUUGGCUGCAAUACUUGGACUUGCUUCAGCAGGGUAUUGUUUGAUCAUUUCCUCUUUGGGCCUGGUAGAAGGGCCAUAUUGUUUGACAAAUAAUAAUACAUGGGUAUACCCAUAUGGAAAUGCAAGUUAUUUCUAUUUGGCUGACCACAGUACCUGGUCUGAGUGUGUUGAACCAAAGAAUGUAGUAGUCUGGAAUGUUACCCUAUUUUCCAUUCUCCUGGGUUUGUCUGCAAUCCAGGUUAUUCUUUGCAUAAUCCAACUCAUCAAUGGGUUCAUUGGAGGAAUAUUCGGCUGCUGUGCAGAAAAUAAACAGUCCCUCAUUUGCUAAUUUUGAUGAAAGUAGAAGUUCACAAAAGAAGUUGACCACCUGCCAUGAAGAUGAAGAAAGUAGUGGAGGCUUGCACUUACUUAUGUGAAUGUCACUGUACAUAAUUCUUUGUAUAUUCUUAAUUUCACACAGAAACAGUUCCUUUCACAAAUAAAGCUUAUCU